AUGGCUGUUCCCCAUUCUCCCUUCCUUCUUCUUCUUCUCUCUUCCUUAACCCUCUUCCAUGGCCAAACCUUCUCUCUCGUCAUCCCCCUCACUAAAGAUUCCCUCACCAAUCAGUAUUUGGCCACUGUUUUCCAUGGUUCUCCUAUUAAGCCCGUCCAUCUCGCUGUCGAUCUUGGCGGCCGGUCUCUCUGGAUGGCUUGUGGUGGAUCUUCUUCCAGCCGUUCGAUUCCCAGUCGCUCUAUUCAGUGUAUUGCGGCUACUGCUGGGGGCAGAUCUGGGUCUGUUGGUGGCGCGUGUAAUGUAAUCGCUCGGAAUCCUUUUGGGGAUUUGGAAGGGAAGGCGAUUCUGGUUGAGGAUACGGUGGCCGUCGGGUCUUUGGGCCGGUCUACGGCAGCGGUGAUUGUCGCUCUUCAUUCUUGUGCUCCGAGAUUUCUUUUACAAGGUUUGGCGAAAUCUGUUAAAGGGGUUUUAGGGCUUGGCCGGAAUCAAAUCUCGCUUCCGGCUCAGAUCGCGACGGAGCUUGGUUCUCACCGGCGGUUUUCUCUUUGUCUGUCGUCGACGAACGGUGUUGUUUUUCCGGAUAGUGGAAGUCCAGACUCUGUUUAUGGAUCUGAGAUUUCGAGUUCUUUGACUUACACGCCGAUUUUGACUAAGAAAAUCGACGCCUUGCUGUCGCCGGAGUAUUUUAUUAAUGUAAAAGCCAUUAAAGUAGACGGUAACCGCCUCGAUUUGAACAAGUCGUUGCUCGAUUUAGAGGGAGCAGGCGACGGCGGAGGUGGAGGAGGGACGAGACUAAGUACGGUAGUUCCGUACACUGCUUUAGAGAGUUCAAUCUUUAACUCUUUGACGGUGGCUUUCAGGGCCGCAGCGGCAGCGAUGAAUAUGAAAGAAGUGGCGCCGGUAGCGCCGUUUGAGGCGUGUUUUGAAUCGGAAAACAUGGAGAUGACAGCAGCAGGGCCGAAAGUGCCGGAGAUUGAACUGAUCUUACAGAGCGAGAUGGUGGGAUGGAAAAUCUAUGGAAGAAAUUCAAUGGUGAAGGUUAACGAUAAAGCUUAUUGUCUAGGGUUUGUUGAUGGUGGAUUGAAGCCGAGAAACGCCAUCGUUUUGGGAGGGUAUCAAAUGGAGGAUAUCGUUCUUGAUUUUGACAUUGGAACUUCUAUGCUCGGAUUUAGCUCCUCUUUGUUACAGAGGAAAAGAUCUUGCUCGGAAUUUUCACCGGAAAAUUUACUGAAAAGAACCGGUUGA